AUGUCAACAACAGAGCCGCCGCCCGGCACGGCGACGGCCUCUGCCACGCCGUCGGCCACUUCCUCGCCGGGCAGCACCAAGCUGCAACCUGUUACCUACGUCAUUAUCCCGCUCGUCACGCUCGCCUCCGUCUUCCUCGUCGGCCUGUUUGCGUAUCUGAGGCGGCGGCGCAGUCGGCGUAUCGAAGCCAGUAACAGCGACGGCGAUGGCGGCGAGACGCAGAUGCAAGAGCGCCGUCGCGACAAUAACAACGCAGCAGACCGGUGGCCGCCGGCAGGUCUGGGUUUUAACUGGUGGUUCCUGCGCUCGAAUGAGGGUUUGAAUGAGCUUGGCGAGGCCCCGCCGCCAUAUGAUGUUAAUAAGCGCAGAAAGGCCACGACCGAGGGCAGCGCCCACGCGACCGACGAGGGUGCCGAGCAGGAGAACGGAGUACAUGAGGUGGAGGAUGAUGAAGACGAUGAGUCGAGACACAGUAACGAAUCAAUACGAGAAUCAGCAAGGCAGAAUGCCGAGGAGGCAAGGCGCAGCAGCGAGCACAUGAGACGGAGCAUCGGCGCCAUACGAGGCACUGGGCAGCAACGGGACAGCGGCCAGCAAAGACGAAGCGAUGAAACUACACGGGAGACCAGCCAGUCACAACACACCAGACGGAGCGAAGAACAGCACACGAUGCGAAGCGAAGAACAACCACAAGAGGCCACCGAGCAAAUACACCCACCCGGCGACACAAGUCCCACGGCUGGCCACAGCACGCAAGAGAUCCAAGUUCCUGCGCCCGUUCUAGAGGAGCCGACAUCCGACGGCGAGUUGCCGCUGCUCAGCGGUCGACGGCGACAAACUCCCGAAGAGAUUCACGCCAUCAUGGAAGCCCGACGGCGUCGCCACCAGCGGCGUCGCGAGCGCGAAGCCGCCCGCGCAGCUGCCGCGGCGGCCAACCCCGAGGACCGCACUGACAUCUGCAACACCGAGUUCUUCCGCGACCCGUCUCCCGACCGCAGCCGGCGUCGGAUCGAGCGUCUCAACCGCCGUCUGCGCCGCCUUGGGUACGUGACAUCUGACACGUCCGAGUACCACGGCUUCCAGCUGCGGGACAUGGAGGACGGCGUCGCGCCGCCCGACUAUGAGCGGGAACCAGAGGUUGCGGUGCCGCCGCCCGCACAGCUCCCGCCGCCUCUGCCUGCGGAUGCGCCGCCGCCGUACCCGAUGCCCAUCGUGAGACGGAGAGAAGAGGAGCGGGACAGGGUGACGGGUCCGCCGAUGGUCAGGCAGACGCUGCACGAGCACUUUCCGCAUCACAACUAUCUGUUUAUGCCGCCUCUGGAACACGACUACAUGGCGACGAGCUUUUCGGCGUCGCUGGACAUGCCGCGGCAUCUGCACUCGCGGUUCUAA